CUGAACUGAUUAUAAAACCUUCCUUGGCUCAGUGCCCUUCACCACUGCUGGCUUUUUGCUGUAGCUCCACAUUCCUGUGCAUUGAGGGGUUAACAUUAGGCUGGGAAGAUGACAAAACUUGAAGAGUAUCUGGAGGGAAUUGUCAAUAUCUUCCACCAAUACUCAGUUCGGAAGGGGCAUUUUGACACCCUCUCUAAGGGUGAGCUGAAGCAGCUGCUUACAAAGGAGCUUGCAAACACCAUCAAGAAUAUCAAAGAUAAAGCUGUCAUUGACAAAAUAUUCCAAGGCCUGGAUGCUAAUCAAGAUGAACAGGUCGACUUUCAAGAAUUCAUAUCCCUGGUAGCCAUUGCGCUGAAGGCUGCCCAUUACCACACCCACAAAGAGUAGGUAGCUCUCUGAAGGCUUUUUACCCAGCAAUGUCCUCAACGAAGGUCUUUUCUUUCUCUUACCAAAACCCAGCCUUGCCUGUGGGGAGUAAGAGUUAAUAAAAACACUCAUGAAAAGUUC